UUGAUUCUAUUUCUUAUUUUACGUUUAUUUAUAGAUGUUUAAUUUCUCACUAACUCUUUCUCUUUUUUUUUUUUUUUUACAGUUGGAAAAUGCAUUGAGGCUUGAAGUACAGUCUGGGAGAAGGAUACAAAAAUAUGACGCCGAUCAGACCAUCUUUAAUGCACGUGUCGACCCAGAGCAACUUCCCGAUGACUUGCGGACCUCUCCCAUGGCCGCUGCACGCGAGUCUGUGCGGGAGCAUUUCCGUCUGAUACUCGAAAGAUCGACGGCAGGUUUAAGAGGAUCGGACUUAGUUAGAUUUUGCAUCCAGGCCGAAGGGUUGGAUCGCCCCAUCUCAACAAGGAUAAUGCCUGUAUCGGAGCUUACACUAGAGGUUAUACUUGCAGCGGUUCUGAAAUCCAAAGAUCAAAUCAUGAUGGACGCAGGCUUUUUUGUAGACGUGAUCACCAUACGUCGGGAUGUGGGAGCUGGACGCGUCCGGAUGUCUAACUAUAUGGUGGAUUGUGCGAACAAGCGUUCCAUACUAUUGAUCCCAGACGACGAGCGACUCUGCGGGGCAAAAGCCAUUUUACUUGCCUUAGCGCAUUUAAAAAAUGAUCAAAAAUUAAUUGAUGUGUUAAGGGAUAGACGGCGGAAUACUUUGCUGAACAGGGCAAAGGAGUUGCAUGCUGAAGCAGGGGUGCCUUUUGGUCCCUGUACUUAUGCGGAAAUUGCCCUGUUUGAAGAGCACUUAGAUUUACAGAUAGUCGUUUAUUCGACUGGUAAUUUUAACAAGGUCUCAUACAAAGGCAAAAUAAGAAACAGGAGAAUCAACUUGCUUUUGAAUGCAGGUCACUUUAAUGUGAUCAAAUCGCUGAACGGUUUCUACGGCAGCAAAUUUUACUGCCAGAGCUGCGAGAAGCCAUAUGAUCACCGAGAGAACCAUUUUUGUCCAAACAAAUGUUAUGUAUGUAUGAGAGAAGGGUGUAAUGCGGGGCAGCCUAGGCGCUGUGACGGCUGUGACAGAUUGUGCAAAUCGGAGGAUUGUUAUCAAGCCCAUAAGGCAGUGACGGGGAAUGAAAUUUUUUCCAUCUGUGAUAUUUUGUACCAGUGCCCUACGUGUUGCAAGGUAAUAAGAAGGCGUGACUGCCCUAGAGAAGAACACCGCUGCGGAACAUCUAAAUGUCCUUCCUGCGGCUUCUUCGUCAUCGCAGAGGAACAUCGUUGUCACUUAAAGCAAAUAAAACCAAAGAAACAGUCUACAGAUAUUAUCUUUUUUGACUUUGAGACCGACCAAGAAACUGGGGAGCACAAAGUGAAUUUUGCGAUCGCGCAAUACAUCGAUAAAGAGAAGGAGGUGCAGGAAAAGGUGUUCCGUGGUUACACGGCGUGUGAAGAUUUUUGCACAUGGCUGUUUACGCCCGCCCACAAGGGCUUUACAGUCAUAGCGCACAACAUGAAGGGUUAUGGUAUUUGUUCCUCAUUACUUUUUUUUUUAAAUUUUUAUCUAUACAGUAAUUUUCUUUUUCUUUUCAGAUUCGACGGACAAUUUAUAAUGGCGUGGUUGGUAGCUCAGGGCAUUGCACCUGAGACGGUCCCAAACGGAUCAAAGCUGAUGAUGAUUAAGCAUUCGUCAUUGAACAUACAAAUAAUAGACUCCUUUAACUUUUUGCCGAUAGCUCUUUCAAAAAUUCCUAGCUGCUUUGGGUUGGAAGAGCUUAGAAAAGGGUACUUCCCACAUUUCUUCAAUACUCGGCAGAAUCAAAAUUAUGUCGGCCCAUUGCCUAGCAUUGAGUUUUACGGUCCCGACUAA